UGCCUGCUGAGCUAAUUUCUCCCUGAUAAGAAGGAUGAAAAUCCACAUACAAUACUUUUUCAGUAGCUUGGGGCAGUAGCGGGGUAGGCUCUUGGAGUGUAAAGUAGCUACGAGGGUUUCUUUGUUGCCACAAUUUGGUAAAUGUCACCUGGGCUAAGAGCUGUGCGCUGACUCUUGGGAACAGAAGCCGCGUGCAAGGCUAGUUCUCCAGGUUCACAGCCUCCUAGAGUAAAGGGUUGGCAGGGACAGAGGUGGGGGGAGAUCAGUGGGUAGGUGUUCCAUCCGAGGCUCCUCAGGGUAAUUGCGGUUUCAUUAAAGUUGGGGAGCAGAUCGGUAAGGACGCAGCCAGGGUUUAAAUGCAGCAGGAUGGCCGCCUAGUUGAAGGGUUCGUUCGAUCUCGUUCGUUUGGAAAAUUCAACGGAAGUAGCCGGUGCUGGUCAAUCCUCCCGCCUGGAGUUCGGACGCCUGUCACUCGUGUUGGGGAUUCGAUGUCAAGGAUGAUUUUUCUGGGGCUACUGCUGGGUUUCUCCAGGCGCAAGCUCGUGGAGCUCGCUCCGUCCUCAUUAAUGCAAGCAGUUAACUCGCUCACGCUCAAUUAGCCCCGAAUAAACCACUUUAAUAGACUCGGCACACUUCAUUAAUGCCCGUCAUGGGGCUGGCUGCAGACCUGGAAUUGGCGCUCCACCGCGCGAGGGACUUGGGUUUCCAUGCGCGAAUUGCUUUCGCUGCGCGUAGUCGGGACCCUUAAACGCACCUCCGAGGUCCAGAGGCCCAUGCCCCUCGCAGAGUGUUCGCCUGGCCUGGAGAGAGGUGUUCCCGCUCGUAUUUACAGACCUAAAGCGUUCACACUGGGGGUCCGGGGUCAGGGCUACCGGAGCUUAUCCUCUCCGGCUGGUGUGAGGCUGUGUUUUUCUCUUAGCUGACCGCCUGAAACCGGAUCGUGCAUUCGGCCCGUUCUUGGUACUAGUGUAAAGAGCCACGUUUCGAACGAAUUUCGUCCUCGGGAAAGUCCUUGGCGAGAGUCUGAGGAGCCCUGGCUUCGGAAUGCGGCAGAAAAUAAGAAACUGGCUGCGCCGCUGAAGAAAAUAAAUUGAGUGUUGGGGGAAACAAGAUCGGGCAGAUAGCCCGGAAAGGUUGGCUCCCACGAGCGGUGGUGGCUGCAAGCGCCCCCUCCUCCCACCGAGCCCCAGGUCUUCGCUCCUGGGGGCAGGCGAAGAAAGGCCAGGUUUGUACGCCGGGCUGGUGGGUUCUCCCACCCGGGCACGGAGCGGGCUCCGGCCCGCGUGCAGUCAGAGUCCCGCCACCACCAUUGCUCGCUUGGUCGGGGGCAGGCCGAGCACCGAGAGGAGGCAGCGGCGGCCCCCGGUGGCGCCGGCCCGGCCCUGGGUAGCCAAAGAUGAGGAUCUGAUUUCCAGCUCCAGGAGGGGAAGAAGAGGUGACAACAAAUCAAAGAGCGCUCACCUCGCCUAAGACCGGGCCGACCUUUGAAGUUAGAGAGUCUUCACCUCCUCCCUUCCUCCCAUCUCCCCAACCAGCCCCUGCUUUCUUUCUGGCCCAAUUCCUAUUUUUUGCUUCGCCUCGUCUCAGUGCUAUAGGAUGGUCUCUGUCCUCGGCGCGACCCUUGCUGGGAGCAGUAGAGCAGAUUGGUGCGGAGGCCACGGCUCUGCCCGCGGGGCCGGCGCGCUCACUCCAGAGGCGCUAUCACCGCAGAUUUGAGCCUUCCCUCGCCCCCGGGCAGAAUUAAUUGCUGCGGCCAGACUAUCUUUUCAUUCGAUUGUUAAUUUAACUGGAUUGUUAAUUUAACUGGCGCAGGCCGCUCUUGCCGGCUCACCGUGUUUUGCACCCUCUACUCCCAGCAGAGCCUCUUUCCUUACUUCCCCAAACAGCCAGUGUGACCUUCUCUCCAGCCUCCAGGAACAAGGGUUCCUGGGUCAAGAUGGUCCUCUCUCCUCUCGCCAACGAGUGCGGCACUUCACUCUCAGUAAAGGCUUCGCUGCAGGAAAAGGCAGCCGAGUCUGGGCCUGAGCCUUGCUGGCCUGGGCUGAGGGUACGCUAGUCUGGGGAAGCUGCCUGCCUAGGUGUCAGUGCGUUCUGUGAACGAGGGAGCGGGAGAAUGUGUUGCAUACCCCAGGGAAGAGGACCUACUCCAGGUUAGAAGACAUCUAAGGAGGGGAAGGGAGGGAGAAGGGGUAAAGGAAGCAGCAGGCAGCAGAGGAUCGAGAGUGCAAAGGAGGAGGGGGUCCCAAGCAUCCGGCUCCCACAGUGACUUCUUGAGCAGCCCUCAGCUCAGAGCUCAGGAGAGGCAGUUCAGCGCCAGAGGGUCCCAAGGCCUCCUGUAUACUUGUAUACUUUCGGCUUUCAUUCUCUGUCUCGCCUCAACUAGACAGACCUAAGUGUCUGGGAGGGACAGAGAUAAAGGCCUCUCUGUAGAGCACCAACCAGUCCAUGGAGGCUGGAGACCCUGACCAAGGAGUCCAGGAGAUGCCAGCCUGUUGGUCACUUCAGCAUGGCUUCCCUCUGGCCUUGCUCAAGCUCCCUGGCCUUGCAGUUGGAGGGUGCCUAGACCAUAGUGGCUGAGGCCAACCAACCUCCAUGCUAUUUCUUACCCAUAGGCAUAGCACCUGCCCAGGGCUCACCACACUCACAAACAUCCUGAGAACGCAAAGACCUUGCCCCCUUUUCUGUGGGUUAGGGAGGGCACUGAAGCCCCUUGCAUGCAACUGAAGAUGUUUCCCUGAGUUAAUGAACAUGGGUGUCAGUGUCCACGCUGAAACAAAGGUGAUCCCUAAGGGCUGUUAUAGGGAAUCAGUCCACAAGCAGCUGCAGAGAGGGUGGUGUCAACAGGGCUUAUUAAUAGUAAGGCAGAAAAGCAAAUUUGUGGUCAAAGUGAGAGUUUUCUAGGGGCCAAACUGAAGGUCAGAUAGUAGAAAGUAAUGCACAGGAGUUGGGAGAUAAUAUGGAUUCGUGUGAGUUUGUGUGCUAUCUGUGAGGUUCUUUGUGGGCGUCCUGUGAUCCCGUGUGUUUGUCUGUGCAUGUGUGUGUGUGUGUGUGUUGUUUCCUUUGUUUUGUAGCGGGACCACUAGUCCUCUCACAUUAUCUUUGCACCUUGUUGUCAACUCAGCUUCAGAACGCGUGGAUCUGUCAGGGUGCAUUUGUGAGUUUCUCUGCACAUGAAUAUGUAAGUAGGCUUCAGAGUUCCUGUUAUCUUUGCAGGAGAGUGUAAUCCUGUGUUGACUUCAGCUUGCGUGGAUCAGAGUUUCCCGUGCUUCUGACUUUCUGUGUCGUCUACACUGUAGUCCUUCAUUUAAGUUGGUUGCAUUGCACUGGAUUUAGUUUCCUGCAGGUUUCUGUAUCGAGCUGUGUGUCUCUGCCAGAGGCCAUUUGAAGGGAGCUCUGGGAUAAGCGAGGGCUCCUGUCUUUUCUUCGAGAUCGAGAUUGAGAACCCACCACAACUACCACAAUGGGCAGCAAAACCUUGCCAGCGCCUGUGCCCAUCCAUCCAUCCCUGCAGCUCACCAACUACUCCUUCCUUCAGGCAGUGAACGGCCUGCCCACGGUGCCCUCGGACCACCUGCCCAACCUGUACGGUUUCAGUGCGCUGCACGCUGUGCACCUGCACCAAUGGACGCUGGGCUAUCCGGCCAUGCACUUGCCACGAUCUUCUUUCUCCAAAGUGCCAGGAGCCGUGUCCAACCUGAUGGACGCGCGCUUCCAGCUACCUGCCUUUCCUUGGUUCCCUCACGUCAUCCAGCCCAAGCCCGAGAUCACCGCUGGAGGCAGCGGCCCCGCGGCGCUCAAGACCAAGCCGCGCUUUGAUUUUGCCAACCUGGCCUUGGCUGCCACGCAAGAAGAUCCGUCUAAGCUUGGCCGAGGAGAGGGUCCCGGCUCGCCCGCCGGUGGCCUAGGCGCCCUUCUGGAUGUGACCAAGCUGUCCCCAGAAAAGAAGCCCACGAGAGGACGCCUACCUUCCAAGACCAAGAAGGAGUUCGUCUGCAAGUUCUGUGGCCGCCACUUCACCAAGUCUUACAACCUACUUAUCCAUGAGCGGACGCACACCGAUGAGCGGCCCUACACCUGUGACAUCUGCCACAAAGCCUUCCGGAGGCAAGACCACCUACGGGACCACAGAUAUAUUCACUCCAAAGAAAAGCCUUUCAAGUGUCAAGAGUGCGGGAAAGGAUUCUGCCAGUCCAGGACUCUCGCUGUCCACAAGACGCUACACUCACAGGUGAAGGAGCUCAAAACCUCCAAGAUCAAAUGCUAAAUGGAGCCUCGGGGUCAUCAGGACCCUGGGGCGCACGCCCCCUCCUCCAGAGAGAUCAGAAGCCGGAAGGCGACUCUAGCGAGCAGCAGGAGGGGCUCUCGGACUUCUCCCCGCCCCCCCCUCCCCGUCCCAAACAAUGUCCCCUGGGUCCCGGACGCACGCGGAACUCCAGAGCCCCACCCGGGGCCGUGACCCCGGCCGCCCGGGCGGUUCCCCCAGGACGCGGCUAAACUCUUGGCCAAAAGGCUGUACUCACGUGGCGGAAGGGAAACUGCAUUUUUUAAAAAAGAACGAAAGCUCCGCGGAGCCGCAGCGGCGCCUCUCCCAGAAGUAUUACUUUUUCUAUUGUUAUUUUAUACGUUUUCUUUAUUAUUUUUUUUCUUUGACCAUAUAAGCUUGUAACUCUGACUGCGGAGAGAGAGGGGAGAAGAAAAGAAGUUCUGCGCGCUCUCGCAGCUUCCAGCCCCUCCUCCCGCCCCACCUCCACUUUCGGGAGCCUGCAAAAGUGUAAUCCUUGUAUCUGCUUGAGCCGCCCCGCCUGGGACCGUCUGCGGGGCCCGGCAGCACCCGCUGGCAGCUCCCGCGGCGCAGCCGGCUGUGGGGUCCCGGACUUUGGCAGGGCAGGGGCCGCGGGCCCUGGGGCUGGAGGGGCGCGGCCUCCGGCUCCCCUGCUCCGUCACCGGUCACCGUGAGCAAGCAGCCGGCUAGGAGCAGGGCGUUGUAUUGAGAUUGGCACUUUAUGCUGACCAUCGGUAACGGACAUUUAUCACUGGAGUUUUUUUAAGAAUAUGAAAUAAACGGUUAUUUUAC